GAAACUAUGUUGUAUCCAAUAGAAUAAGGAACAAGAUUAUAUUAAUCGGCAGAACUGACGAAUCAAAUUAAUUACAUACGACAUUCUCGAUUACAUACUGCUUGUUUGUGGCCAUAGUUCCAGAGUUAACUACACAUUUAUGUCAUGGUAACUGGUUUGACCCAGCUUCGAAAGUGUGCCAUGAAUGCAGCAUACACUGUGUUCCUUUUCUUGUUAGCACUGUUGUUGAACACUCAUUGACAGUAUCCAAUUAUAAACGAAAGAUGGCAGAGAAUGACGUUGAUAAUGAACUUCUGGACUAUGAUGAUGAUGAAGAACCCCAAGGGCUCCCAGAAAGCGGUACCCAAGCAAGCAAGAAGGAAGUGAAGGGGUCAUAUGUUUCCAUCCACAGCUCAGGGUUCAGAGACUUUCUUCUCAAACCAGAGCUGCUCCGUGCCAUUGUGGACUGUGGUUUUGAGCAUCCUUCUGAAGUUCAACAUGAGUGUAUUCCUCAAGCUAUCCUGGGCAUGGAUAUCCUGUGUCAGGCCAAGUCUGGUAUGGGAAAGACAGCUGUCUUUGUUCUUGCCACACUGCAGCAGAUUGAGCCAGUGGAUGGGCAGGUAUCUGUUCUUGUGAUGUGUCACACUCGAGAGUUGGCCUUCCAGAUUAGUAAAGAGUACGAGCGCUUCUCCAAAUACAUGCCCAGUGUCAAGGUGUCUGUAUUUUUUGGUGGCCUGGCCAUCAAGAAGGAUGAGGAAGUCCUAAAGAAGAACUGCCCUCACAUUGUUGUGGGAACUCCAGGACGAACCUUAGCACUCAUUCGUAAUAAGACCCUUAGUGUGAAAAACAUCAAACACUUUGUGCUCGACGAGUGUGACAAGAUGCUGGAGCAGCUGGAUAUGAGGCGUGAUGUCCAGGAAAUUUUCAGACUGACACCCCAUGAGAAGCAAGUUAUGAUGUUCAGCGCAACUUUAAGCAAGGAGAUCCGCCCUGUCUGCCGCAAGUUCAUGCAGGAUCCAAUGGAAGUAUUUGUGGAUGAUGAGACCAAACUGACUCUUCAUGGCCUACAGCAGUAUUACUGCAAGUUGAAGGACAGUGAGAAGAACCGAAAGCUGUUUGACCUCCUCGAUGUGCUUGAGUUCAAUCAGGUGGUAAUCUUUGUAAAAUCGGUGAAUCGCUGCGUUGCUCUAUCACAACUGUUGGUGGAGCAGAACUUCCCUGCUAUUGCAAUCCACAGGGGUAUGGCACAAGAAGAAAGAUUAUCCCGGUACCAGCAAUUCAAAGACUUUCAGAGGCGGAUACUGGUGGCAACCAACCUCUUUGGCCGUGGCAUGGAUAUUGAACGAGUCAACAUUGUCUUCAAUUACGACAUGCCAGAGGAUUCUGACACAUACCUCCAUAGAGUGGCCCGUGCUGGCAGGUUUGGGACCAAAGGUCUGGCCAUCACAUUUGUAUCAGAUGAGGCUGAUGCAAAAACGCUGAACGAGGUCCAAGACCGCUUCGAGGUCAACGUAGCGGAGCUACCAGACGAAAUUGAUAUUUCCUCCUACAUUGAGCAGGCCAGAUGAGUUUGAAGUGUACUUAUGGACAGUGUGUGUCCCUUGUCGCUGUAUUCUUGAUAGAAGACAAAGAAAAGCCUCAACAUUGGUUUAAAUAUCUCUCCUUCCCACCAAUAGAAAGAAACUUUUUUUUCUCUCAUGUCCUUGCAGAGUGCUUAUUUUAAGUCUUUCCAUGUUAAAGAUAAGGAUGUGCUGUUUUGGUUUGAGAAAUAAAUCUUUUUGUAACUUAUUUUGUGUUUGUUUAAGUUUUGCACAUCUCUGAUCUUUAGUUAUUUUUUAUACACGCACAACACAAAUACAUUUUAAGUGUAGGCAGUUACACUCACAAGCAGAUGGCACUAUUGGCAUAUUUUUAGACCUGCUUAACAGAUGGUGACAUCUGCUUAACAGAUACCAAGAAGCAGAAUUUCACAUGAAACAUGAACUCAAAAGCAAGUUUUAUCCAAUGGAAGAAACAACCAAAACUUUUCAUUGCUUCCUUUAGUGGCUUAUUUGAUAAAUGUAUAAAUGUGACAAACAUAAAUGUACUGAUAGAAUAGAGUUUGACCCAUAAUAAAUACCUAAAACACAA